CGUCUGCUAGGUUGGAGAGGACCUUGCCCUGCCUCCUCUCUCGUUGCAAUCGUGUCUUUGGCUUCAUAGGUUUACUCAUUAUACUGGAGACAACGUGGGAUCCACCUACCAGGCUGAAGCAAGUGCGACGGAAACCAUCCUUUCAGCGUUUUCAUGGCUCCAGCUAAGGCCGUCAGCCUUCAUGAAUUGUCAUCUUCGUCAAGAGUUUGAAUGAGGCUUCUUCUCUAUGCUUCCUCGUCUGUGCUGAAGGCUGAGGGUCGAGCUGAGGUUGAUGACAAGAUUGACGAAACCUAUCAUUGGGCCCUGGUCUACUUGGAUUUGCAUAGGGGGUGAGCAAUGCCAACAUGCGCCUGAUGGCUAGUGUAUCCCGUGAAGGUGGCGACCAUCGUCCAAGAGGCUCUGGUGUACCUCCAGGACGUCAUCGACUACGAGGAAGGUACGGCUCUCCUCAGAGCAGUCGCCAUUACCGAGCCCCCACGCCCCCUUCCCACAAUGCUAUCGCUCAUAAACGUGUCAAAGACUCGAGAAUCCAUGCGCCAUGAAGACAAUCGGUUGUCUUGUUCUCACACAUCCUACCUGGGCAAGUUUUCAUACAAUCAAGACGUUACGGGUGUACUACCGCGGGGGCUCGGUGAAUGUGUGAGCUCGUCAUAAGAAUUUCUCUCGUCCUAUGUACACCCUCUGUUCACGUCGUGCGAUGGUCGCCUUGUUUUGUCUUUUCAAAUUGUCAGCAAUUAAACUGUUUUUGAGCACAGAGCGCACACAUCGUCGCUGCGCAGACUGCUGUGCUUUCACACAGGGCUCAAAGAAGCUAAAGCGCUUGUCUCCAACCUGCGGCGCCCAUAGGCUUCGUCGGUAAGUUGUAUGACAUUGUUCCAUAAGCUUUGGCGACAGGCACGGGCUUCUUAUCCACCAGUCUAUAUUUGUCUCCCGUAGGCUCCAUGGGCUUCCCCGUUCUAUAAAUCUAUGGACGCUCACUCCAUCGCUCUCUUCUUAUCUUGCACUCUCAACUUGCUCGUCAUGAGCUCAGAGUCGA